ACCUUCCAGCAGCAGCAAUUUCCAGCAUAAAUUCUGUCUCUCUCAGGCUUACCUUACCAUGAAUCAUGCUGGAAGUUUUCCUGACUAUAACAAAUUCGAGACAUUACCAUGUUAUUUCAGCACCAAUGCAUAUGGCACUCCCAGAACGACUGUGGGUGGUGUACAGUGUGACAACUUUUUUCAGGCUAUCGGGGUUGCUGUUGCUGAAAAUGUGUACGCUGACAUUGGCCCUAACCUGCAGGAUGAGAACCUGGACAUUGCCCUUAACCUGCAGGAUGAGAACGUGGAGGAUGAGAGAUUAGAUCAUGGUGCACCAACUGGUACUGAUGCAUAUCUGGACAUUGGCCUGAGCGUGCAGGAUGAGAACGUGGAGGAUGAGGGAUUGGAUCAUGGUGCACCACCUUCACAUGCAUCCCCUGGUGCAACUGUAACAGAGGAUAGGCACCAUAAAACUUUACAUACUAUAUAUAUAGAGGUCAAUAUUAACUACGAUGGCACUUGUCCAUUGUCUGAGCUAUGGGAAGCAACUAAGCGGGACUUCGAAGCCAAGUUCAAUGAAUCUAUGGCAAAUAGGAAAAGAUCAAUUGGUGAUGCUGCUGUUGGUGGCGAUGCUGUUGCUGAUAGCAGCAAGAAGAAGUUGAAGAUCGGUGGUGAUGCUACUGCUGGUGGCAGCAAGAAGUUGAAGAUCGGUGGUGAUGCUGCUGCUGGUGGCAGCAAGAAGAAGCUGAAUGUAAUUGGUGAUGUUGAUGCGCCUCGUCCUGUUGGUAGGAGCCUUGCCAUGAGGCUGCAAAACGCUACUCCUGCUCCUCCUCAUCCUGCUGGUAGAAGGAACCUUGUACUGAGGGACCAGCACAAAUCUAACUGAGGUUCUCGAUUAUUUUGAAUCUGCAUGAGAUGGUUGAGCGGUAUGAGAGGCGUGAGCGUGAGCAUGGGUGUGGGUGAGUGGAGGUCGACUCCGAUGACGAUGAGUCCUCUUAGAGAAUUCGGGGUUGUAAGGAAAUACUAAAACUUCUUGGUGGUGCCCAUGUCCAUGUUGAUCUUGGUGGUGUUCUCAAAGCAAAGAAAUAGUUGCGCUAUCGAGCUGUUGAUGUAUAAAGAACAUGAAUCUUUAGUUAUUCAAAAUUUGAUUCAAAUUAACAAAAUAUUUUUUCCAUGCAAAAGAAUUUAAUCAAUUGGUUGCACCUUUUCAUACAUUUUAAUUGCUCAAUUUCCAUACAAAUCUCUUUCCCUACAAUUCACCUUUUGUUUUCCCGUGCUCAUAGGAUCCCGGCUGAUUAACAUUUACCAAUCAACCAAUCUUCUUUCCCAUCAAUUUUGUCAGCAUAAAUGCUUCCCGGCCUGUAACAAUAUUUGCCAUGGUUUUGCAGAUACUCGGACUCGAUAUAUGUGCUGACACCCUGGUUGGAGAUGCCAUGAGAAGAGGUAUCUCUAGUGGUCAAAAGAAGAGACUGGAAACAGCGGAGAUGAUCACUGGUCCAACAAAAGCUUUGAUCAUGGAUGAAGUAACAAACGGCUUAGCAGUUCCACAUCAUUCCAGAU